AUUGAGAGAGAAACGCUUGUUUCGUUUGUUUGGCUUUAGAAACUCAAAAACAGCCAAGCCAGCAACAAACGUUGUACACAAAAAAUGAAGACAAUUCCGGUGGUUUUGAUGGGUUGCGGCGGCGUUGGUCGCCAACUCCUCCACCACAUUGUCUCCUCCCGAUCUCUUCAUGCCAAACUGGGUGUUCACUUGAGAGUUGUGGGAGUCUGUGAUAGCAAGUCAUCCAUUGUUGUGUCUGAUGUCCUCUCCAUGGAGUUUGAUGACAAGUUUCUAUUGGAGCUUUGUCAACUCAAGUCCAAUGGUUCUUCUCUCCUCACAAUCUCUACUACUUCUGGAGUUGAGUAUCAAGUACUAACCAAUUCAGAUUCAACAACAAAACUUACAGAUAUUGCGGCUCUUCUGGGUAAAUCAAUGGGUUUGGCCCUAGUGGAUUGCUCUGCUAGUUCUGAGACUAUUGGAGUAAUGAAACAAGUGGUUGAUUUGGGCUGUUGCGUUGUCAUGGCUAAUAAAAAGCCUCUUACUUCUACAAUGGAGGAUUAUGACAAACUGGUCUCACAUCCACGUCGCAUUCGACAUGAGUCAACUGUUGGUGCUGGUCUUCCAGUUAUAGCAUCCUUAAACCGUAUACUUUCAUCUGGAGACUCUGUCCAUCGUAUUGUUGGGAGUUUAAGUGGUACAUUGGGGUAUGUUAUGAGUGAGGUAGAAGAUGGAAAGCCAUUGAGCCAAGUUGUUAAAGCUGCUAAAAGCCUGGGGUACACCGAACCAGAUCCACGUGAUGACCUCAGUGGAAUGGAUGUUGCAAGAAAGGCAUUGAUCCUUGCUCGGCUUCUUGGUCGGCGCAUUAACUUGGAUAGUAUUAAGAUUGAGAGCUUGUACCCUGAAGUAAUGGGAUCAAAUGUAAUGUCUGUUGAAGACUUCCUGGGCAAUGGGUUAUUAUUGCUUGACAAAGAUAUCCAAGAGAGGGUUAAUAAGGCUUCUUUAAAUGGGAAUGUGUUGCGUUAUGUCUGUGUGAUCGAGGGAUCAAGAUGUGAAGUUGGAAUUCAAGAGCUUCCUAAAGAUUCUCCAUUGGGAAGACUGAGAGGAAGUGACAAUGUGUUGGAGAUAUACAGUAGAUGUUAUUCUGAACAGCCACUGGUUAUUCAAGGUGCUGGAGCUGGUAAUGAUACUACAGCAGCUGGAGUUCUUGCUGAUAUUCUUGAUAUCCAGGAUUUAUUUCCUGAAAAAUAAAUCUUUUGUGGCUGAUGUAGAAGAAACUCGGGACCAAUGGUGAUAGGAAUGUUACUUGCCAUUGCAACCAAGCGUUUGAAAUAUUUGGGAAAAAUAGUAUAAAUAUUUCUUUCUUUGGAAAGCUGCCACUUGCAGUUUGGUCAAUUUGCCUGCAAUGUUUGUAAGCGUGAGUUCGUGUAUCAACCGAAAUUUGGUGCAGAUGCAUUUUACUUAGUAUUGUCAGCAUACUGCCUUUUUGGUGUUUGGCAAGAGAGUACACUUUAAGUUUAAUGCCCAUUACCAUGAUAUAUAUCCUAGGGCAAACUACAGCAACCUCAUUUGAUGUUUCAGGAAACGAUGCUCCCUCCUAAACUAUUGAAGAAAUGGUAGUGAAUUCAAAAUUAAUGUUUGACCUAA